UGACAUUCGCAGAAGCCGGCCGACAACGUCUACGCCUUUCUCAUCUACCCACCAUCCCCAUUCACCAUGUUCCGCUCUGCGAUCUCUAAAACUGUCCUCAACGCUGCACCUCGCGCUUCUCGCGUUACCGCACGACCUCUUCUCGCUCGCGGGUACCAUGAAAAAGUGAUCUCGCAUUAUGAAAAGCCUAGAAAUGUCGGCUCCCUCCCCAAGAAUGACAUUGACGUUGGUACCGGUCUUGUGGGUGCUCCUGCUUGCGGCGAUGUUAUGAAACUGCAGAUUCGUGUCGACGAGAAUGGAGUUAUCUCUGAUGUCAAGUUCAAGACGUUUGGAUGUGGUAGUGCGAUUGCUUCAAGCUCGUAUAUGACCGAGCGAGUGAAGGGACUGUCCCUGGAGGAUGCUGAGAAAAUUAAGAACACUGAAAUUGCGAAAGAGCUGUGCUUGCCGCCCGUUAAGCUCCACUGCUCAAGUAAUGUUGGCCGAAGAUGCCAUUCGCUCUGCGAUUCGUGAUUAUCGAACAAAGCGAAGCAAGCUCUCCGACCCCAAGAAAGCAGGCUACAUUGACGUUUCACAAAGCGCAGCGACGGGAGAAACCGUCGCUACCGCGCAUCCGCCGGCAUCAUAAUCAGGGUUGGAGUUUUCUGAGUUUCUUGCAUACCAUUUGUUGCUUUCUCUUCAUGCUCUUUCUUUUCUUCCAUCGUUGUUUUCGUUGUGUAAGAGGUAGUAGUUCAUCUAAUUGCUGUAGCUGCUGUUCGUGUUUGUUGUGUGGAACAAUGAAAACAGGUCAUCAUAACAUACAUAUGUAUAUACAAGCAUUAUCAUGAGUGUAAUUGUACAGGGUGGUGCCAAGCGGACGUUAAGCACCCUUCUGGCCCAUGAAUGAGAAAGUGCCACCCGCGAACCAUCGGUCGUUGGCUUCCUUCACCCUCUGAGCUGCCACUGCCCGAUUCGUCAACUCGAAAC